AUGGGAGCUUCCCAGUCGUCGUCCCCGCCACCGGACUCGUCGCAUCGGAACACCGAGUCCACGAACGACGCCGACCCGUCGUCGUCAACACCGCUGUACCCCACCCCCACGGGGCACGAAUAUGACGCCCUCGACAAAAUCGCGGCCGAACUCCCCAACGUCAUUGACGACGAAUCUCGUCAACAGGUGGAAGACUACAAACAAGCCUGCGACGACGGCCGGGGACCGCUCGUCGCCUGUUUCGCCACCGGCGAGUACCUUUCGCUCUUUGAACGCCAACACCGCGCCGCCGCCGAACUCUACGAGAACGUCUGCUUCCGACCCAAAAACGACAAAUCCCCCAACGGCGUACUCAUCGACCACACCAUCGCCUACCCCGCCGGAUGCUUCAAUCUCGCCAAAAUGCUCAUGACCGGCAAGGGCGGAGUCCCCGCCGAUCGCGCCCGCGCCUACCAACUAUUCGACCGCGCCUGUCGCGGAAAACACGGCGGAGCCUGUUACUUGCAGGCACAAAUACUCUGCACCCGACCCGACGCACUCGGCGGACCGCACAGUGGCAUACCUCACGAUCCCGUCAAGGCCAUGGCGCUCUACCAAGACAACUGCGACGACGGCGAUUCCAUUUCCUGCUACACACUCGCCGCCAUGCUCCUCCGCGGCGAUAAGGUGAACAAGACAGCCGACAACGUCUCGCCUCAGGAAGCCCGGGGACUCGCACCACUCGUGCAGCGGGAACACGAACCAGAUCGCACCCGGGAACCGGCACGCGACGUUCCCUACGUCGUGCCGAGAAAUCCCGCCCGGGCCCGCGAUUUACUACACCAGGCCUGUACCACCGGAUCGCAUGUCACGUCCUGCCAUAAUCUGGCCGUCAUGUACACUCAUGGUGAUGACGGUGUUCCGGCCGAUGCGGAAAAGGCGGAAUAUUACAAACAAAAAACGCAAGAGAAAAUUGAUAUUUUUGGCGGCUUUUAA